CGACUCAUCCUUGCUACCGAACAUCCGUGCUUUGCAGCUACAGCGGUGCUUUUACAGCUAGUUAUUGAAUAGAACUCGAAGUAGAAUAACCACUUUCAUUUCGGAGUUUACAAAAUGGGGGACGAGCAACCAGAAACGCUACAGGUCCGUCUCAGUAGGCCUGAUUCUGGAUUAUCAUGGGGAUUUCGGUUACAAGGUGGCACGGAUUUUAAUACGCCUUUAUCUGUACAAGUGGUUCAACCAAAAAGUGUAGCAGAAAGAUGUGGGUUGAGAGCAGGGGAUGGAAUUGUGCGCAUCAACAAUCGGAACACAGACGGACUGACGCACGAACAGGCUAAGAUGGAGAUCAUACGCUCAUGCAAUGACAUUGACAUGCUUAUUAUGAGGGGGGCAGUUCAGAUCUGGCGUCCGAAGGUGACACCGAUGUCUGAGUUGAAGCCGACAGAGAAACCUCAACCGAUCCACACGGCCACUGGAGACCAGGUGUUCACCACACAGAAAACAUCCCUGGCCAGGGAUCACCAAGAUGAGUCAAACAAUAUUGGCAGUUCCUAUAACCGUUCUGCAAAACCGUUUGGGGGCCAAGCACCCCGAGUGCAGACGAACCUCCCAACCUAUCCUACGUACCCUGGCACCCAAAAUAACUAUGGCGGUAACUACGGUCCAACUCCUGAGUCACCAAAGAAGGCAGUGCCCAAUGUAGUGCAUGCCCAGUUUAACACUCCCAUAGGGCUGUACUCCGCGGAUAACAUCGCGCACACGUAUGCUCAGCAGACGUCUGGAAUUCAGAAGGAAAUGCAGAACCUAGACGUGGAGGACGCCCCAGUGGGACAGAAGUUUACGGGCACUUAUCAGCGUCUGGACUCAUCUGACUCACAAAACUUUGGAACUACGUAUGGCUCCCCUAAAGGUGAUGAUGUCAACAGUUCUUGUGGUCCCCAGUCUGGAUCACCCACAAGCUUUCAGAGUUACCAGGCUUGGUCUCCCAAAGGCUUGCAGAAUGUCCAGUCCAUUGAAAGCUUGCAGGAUGUUCGGAAUGGUGUGAACGGGGAUGAGCAUGACCCAACAGAUACUAACUCUGUUUUUAACAGUAGUUCCCAGCCAGGCGGUUUCCGGUCUGUUAAGGCGCCAACGGCAACAUCUAACCCUGCACCACCUCCAAAACAGGAGAGUAUGCAUUGUACAGGAUGCGGGAAUCUAGUCACGGGUGUGUUUGUGAGGAUCAAGGGUAUGCCAUAUCAUGAGAAAUGCUUCAAAUGUGCCCGCUGUGGAGUCUUCCUCAAGCAAAAAGGUUAUUUCAUGAUUGAAGGACAACUCUGUUGUGAGGUGCACGCUAGGCAGACGGCCCAGGCCCCUGGGGAUAAUAUGAGAUACGCUGGAGCUGUUUAUAAUUAAUAUGCACGGGGUGGCAGUAUAUGAUAGGAUGCAGAUGUUUCCUUAUGUGUGAUGUAGUGUUUCCGUAGUAACAAAAUGUACACCUUGUGACCUUCACCUUAAUCUUACCUCAUCUCCAAAUCAACCAGGAGAACAAAGAUUGGAUUUCAAUUGGAUUUUCAUUGAGUGCCUUAUUUUUUAUUUUAUUUUUUGGGUGAACAAUCCUUUGUGAAUUCAUUUUUGUCUCCUUGACAUGUCUUUAAAGUUAUCAAAUAUGUUUCACUUGCUACUUGCUUUUACUAAAUUAAGUUGUAUGAAAGAAUAAACAUUGAGGAAUAAAACAUGAUAUUGUCAUGAAAAUGGCUUGUUUUUUAAUGGGUGGAUGCACAAUUGUUCUGUUAACAUGCUGUGUUUAAAUUUCAAGGUUUCUAUCAUAAAAGUUUUCAAUUUAGUGUGUACAAACAAAGCACACAUUUCAUUAUAUUUCCAUCAAAUUUUUUAAAAGCUAUGUAAAGAUUGUGGGUUAAACUACAUAGUUUGUAUGUGUGCAAGUUAAGGCCUUAAGUACUGAUAAAUGUAUCAUUUUAUUCACUGGCAUAAUUGAUGAUUGUAUAAUAUUUAAUAUAUUCAAGGACAAUUUUUCCCCAAUAGUUUUUAAUGGUAGAAACAUUGCAAAAGUUGUUGAUUUACAUUGGUUAGUUUAUACAAGAAAUCGGGCAUUAUUUUUUUGAAUAUAUAUUUUUAUGUCUUUGAUAUUUGAGCAAGUCCUUACACAUCUGGCAUUUACGUAAUUUUUUUAACUUGCAGUUUUUUAUCAGCAAACAUUUUUCAAUAUUUACGCGUAAUGUGAUGUUGGUUUGCCAAUUAUAUGCCAGCAAAUAAUAGCAUUAUGUAAUUUUUAAAUAAAUGUUUUGAAUAUUUUCUGCAAAUAAAUACAAUUGAAAAAUUGUAUGUUUCGGUGCUAAUUUUCAUCUACUGAUAUGGUCUAUUGUUUGUUAAUAUUUUAUAUUCUGAGAAAACCAUUGAUAUAUGAAUGUUAUGGCAAUAUGUGGUAUCAGUUCUGUGUUGGUGCUAUUUGGUUUGUUGUGAGAUUUGUUUAGAUAUUGUAGUGUGUAGUGUACAUGUACAAUGUUGUUUCCUAUGUACUUAACUUAUGUACAUAGUUUAAUGUUUAUUUACUUGUUAUUGUUUAUGUUUUUUUUAUAAAUGGCACGCAAAGGUCAGUAAAAAGUUGGUAUAUUUCAUAUUAAUAAUGCACAUUUAAGUUCUGUUCUUCCUUUUUGUUUGAUUAUUUACUGUUCAGUGGUCUAAAGUUGCACAGUUGAAUGACUUUAUACAUUUGUCCCAUAUUUUAAAUGCCAUUAUGAAAAAAUGCUUGUUUUACGUCUUUGCUUUAAAAAAAGUUAAAGCUGUAUUGUUAGAUUGUGUUUUAGUGAAAAACAAAUGUACCAUUUUCCUCAAUAAAAACUUUAUUGUACCAAGAUGACUAUGUAACGUAAGCUUAUUUGACAUCCUUCGGCUUCUUGUUUUCUGUUGAACAAAGUCAUAAUAUGCUCCUUACAUGUAUGUGUGUUUGAGUUUCUAUGUGUGUUUUUUAUAAUUUACCUUGAUCAGAGAAAAAAUGCAUGCAACAUUACCUUUCCUCUCAGGUGAGCAUUUUAAAAUUAGCAUAAUAAUUACCUUUUGUUUUAUUUAAUACUUUCCUAUUUUUAUUUAUUAUUCAUUUUCACUAUAACAUUUUCCCUGAUGGUGUGUUAAUUUGCCAAGUUUCAUGGAUGCGGAUUUAUGUAAACUAGCAAUAUUGUGGGUUUUUCGUAGUGUUAGUCCAUAGUCAUGCAAGAAAUCUGUCUAGAAUUGCUCUUGUUUAUGUUCAUAUUGUUUUUCUCUACAAAUGUUUAAUUCUCUAUCGCCAUAAUUAUAAAUUCUAUAAUGAGGUCAGCAAAUGACUUCAUAGGGUAUGCAAUACAUCAUUGUUAUAUAUCGUAUAGUAUUUGACAUCUGAUUCAGUUCUCUAAUAUAAUUAUAAAAGUAUAGAUGCCAUAAUCUUGUAUAAAAAUGAUCAAUUAUAUUUUGAAUAUUAAAAGGAGUUAUGUAUAUUGUUAAUUUAAAAAUAACCGUUUAUCAUAUAUUUUUGUUUGCGUCAUGGUUUGUGAUAAAUGAAAUCUUUCACACUUUCAAGACAUCUACAAAAUGUGCACCUACAUGUAGACAUCAAUUUAUGGAGCAAAUGAACACACUAAAAUAUUUCAGAAUGUUAUGUUUCAAACUUUAAGUAUAAAUGUUAGGUUUAUAUUCUAAUGUAUUUAAGAAUGGCGUAUGGAAACAUGUACCCUGUUUAAAAGACUUCAUUGUUUGGCACUGCUUUACUUGGCACUGCUCAUGUUAAUGAUGUUUAACUGCAAUAGCUUGGCAAUUCUUUUACCCUGUAAUCCUUCAUGAAUCUUUGAGUUUGUUACCAAUAUAUUAUACAUAGAUCUGAAUAAAUUUGUUGAAUUGGA